UUGUUUUUAUUACGUGGAUGUUGAAUUAAUAAAAACCAAAAUUAAAAUUUGAAAUUUAAGAAAUGAAACUCUCCUAUCUCUGUUUAAAUUUUCAAGCUGAACUUACUCAUUUACUUUUGAUUACUCAAAAUGUUGGAAAAAUAUUCAUUUUACAGUCUAUUAUUAUUACACGUAAUAUCAUCAUGUGACGUUUUAACGACAGUAAGCUGUACCAUUCAAACUGCGCAGUUCAAAGGGGAAUCUAGUUUGAACGAUAAAAUAUGCAUAGAAUCAGAGAGAAUUGUUCAUCUAUCUGCGAGAAGUAAGAUAUUUUGUUCACAAAUGUGCGAUGAAAGUUCAGCAUGUACUGGUGUAUUUUACAACGCUGCAACUAGGAGUUGUACGGCUUGCAGAGGAUAUGUUAAUGUGGAGGAACAAAUAGGAACUGUCUUUUUCACAAAAAUAGGGAAUCUUGAAGGAAAACUGUUCAUGAUAUACGUCAAAGCAAACAACGAAUAUUGGCAUUUCGACGUAAAGCAUCCUACCUUGAAAGCAGUUACGUCAAUUUUUCAGCCAUCCGAUGAUUUUGUCAAAUUCAUAUUUGAAAAACAGGUAGAUGGAUCAUACAAAAUAAAGUCCGUUGCAUCGCCUAUCUAUAUCUACGAUGGCUAUGGUGUAGUUGAUGCGCAUGCGCCGGUUCUAAAUGGUAAUGACAACACCGACGACGCCCACAUGCGUUACGUCGUUUCCAGUGACGGAAAGGGCUGCUACAGGAUACAAACAAAAGCUACUGGUCGAUAUGUUCGAUUAGACGCCGACCAAUAUGUUUCAUCCAAACUCAACCUAAUUGAUGAUAGAUCAUUAUUUGAGUUAGUGGAUGUGUAAUGUUUUCUUGUUUUAUAUGCAUAACAAGGUAUCUACCUUUAACCUACAGAGAAUUGUGGAAAAUACACAAAAAAUGAAUUUCACAUUUCUUCUGUUGAUACCUACAGUUGUUAACUAUAAAUCAGUACUCGCAAUAAUCAUUGUAACCCGUUGUGAAAUUUGGCGUAAAUGUGAAAUAGAUACCAGUUUUUUCCAUGGAAUAGUUCUUUUGAUAAGAACACAGAUUUUUCCUACAAAUAAUUUUGAAAAAAGAAACUUAAAGCAUUCCAGAAACAGUUUGAAGGCAUAAUAUCAAAAUUUAUUUCGAAGGAGAGGCGCCCGUUUAUUAUUCAAAUAGUCUAAAACGGGAGCAAAUAUCCGAUUGAAUGAACCUAUAUGCUACGCGCAUUUAAUAUUGAAAUGAUAAAUAAAAUACGGAAUUCCGACGGACAAAAUUGGAAUGCAGUUGCAAAAUAAUGUUUAAUUCAGGUCACUGGAUGUAAAAAUUUUAUACAAAACAUCUUAUUUGCACUUGUCCUGAAUGGAGACUAUCACAAUAUAAUUAGUUCCAUGUAGCUCCUCAUAGUAUAUCAUCAAAACACAGAAAUAUUUGAUAAUUGAACAACAUUUUUAACAAUAAGCUACGUGACCAUUACAUGUUCUGCCGUACUUCCCCUACCAUGGAUACUUAGAAUUUUCUGAAACAGUUGUCCUCCUUUACAGAUUAGGACUGGGAUGAGUACUCGGUUAAUUGGAUCUGAUUCGAUUACUAAAACCGGUUUCAAUUUUGCAAAACCGCUAAUCGGUCCCAAACAAUAAACAUCCUAUAAAAUGUAUAUUGCUGCAUGUAUACAUAACAUCUUCGAGGAAC